AGCAUUAGCGUUGGACUGGCGCAUGUCUGGCGUGAGCUUUUUGGCAGCUGGAACGAUGUGGAAUUGGCACAACAUCUGUUAUUCAAAGUGGCACAAUGUAGUUAGUAGUCGUAGUCCUUGCCCACAAACCGUCACAUGCCAGCACACUGGAUGAAAAACGCACAUUAAAGGAAUUUAUUCGGUUUGCUGUAUACGCAGCACGCCUACAACUGCGCAUGCCCCAGCCCCCAACUGCCGACCCCCUAGUCGAGGCCGCCGCAGCAGCUACAAGAGCAGCAGCAGCAGGUGACAGUGACGGCGACUGAGAAGGCAACUGCGACAUCGACAGCGACUGCGACUUUGACAGCGCAACUCUCAAGGCUAUUUUUGGGGACAAACAUGGCCACCGUGGCACAUGGCUGCAGCAGUCCGCGUCAGCGUUCGUGCAACGGCAGCAGCUCCCCCGGCGGCCAUCACGGCUCCACGCCCGCCAUGUACACCACGAUGCCCAAGUAUUCGCGUGCCGCCAGCCAAACGCUGUACGCCAGCAGCCAGCAGCAGGUUUUCGGUCAGCCGAGCGUCGAUACGCCAUACAAUGGACACGGCGGAGGACUUUAUAUGUCUGCGGGCACGAUGUCACAGCGUCCGCUGUCGGCCUCGGCGCUGCCCGAGACAGCGGCCGGUUGCCGCAACUAUUGGAGUCAGAGUCAAGGUCAUGCGGCCCAUGGCGGCAGCUCGUUCUACCACAGCAGCGGACGGCACUACAACUACAACAAACGCAAGUCAGCGGUGGAGUUGCUCGCCGAAUCGAAGCCUUUCUACAUCAAAUCCGAUGCGGUCUUUGAGCGCUUGCAGCAAUCGGGUUAUCGCACCGCGGCAGCUGCGGCAAAUGGCGCUGGAGCGGGUGUUAAGCGCGGACGGCGACCGGAGGAGACGCAUGUGGGUUACAGUGGGGCGUCAGGUUACGAUGAGCUGGAGGACAGACGUUACAUGAGUUUAACACGGCAGCAACAGUCGCAAGUGCAGCAGCAAUACAUGCACAAUCAUCACCAGCAGCAGCCGCAGCCGCCGCCGCAUCAGCAUCAUCAGCAUCGUCACAGUGCGGGGCAGUCGCAGUCACAUGGCUUGGGAAGGGAACGCGCUGGCUCGGCGGUCAACAACAAUCUGCUGCAGCAUAAGCUGCGCAUGCUGCUCGGCUCCGAAGCGAGUAAGGAGCGUGGCAGGCGACAUGAGGAGGCCAGCGAUCUGCUGCCCACGGAGUAUGGCGAGGAUGAGAGCAGCGCGUUGAGCCGAAUACCGCCGCCGCUCUAUUUGCCAGCGCAUGCCUUUGGACGGGACACCGCGGCGUAUGCGUCAUAUGCGGGCGAUGGGAGUGGAGUUAAUGUAGGCGAAGAGCCGCUGGUGCUCACAGAGAACUACAGACCGAUCAGUCCGCCAGCGGAGUAUGCGGCCAACAAGUCAAGUCAGGCGCACAAUGAGCGCUAUAGAUACAACUAUCAGCGCUCCUAUUCGCACUCGCAUGAGGUGGCCAAUCCGGAGGAGCGUGCCGCUUAUACCGGCGGCGAGUACAACAUCAACAGCCACAAAUCGCUGCCCGAUCUGCACACACAGAUCAGUCGUCACUCGCCGCACAGCGAGAUCCUUAGCUGCUGCAGUCGCGGCAAUCGUUCGAUAAAGUCCGCUGGCGAGUCCUCGAUCAAUCGCGACUCGGGAGGCAGCUCUGGACAUUAUACGCAUCGCAGCGAACCGUGCUACAAGCGACAGCGUGACACCACAGCAGCGGGCACCGCAAGUGGCACCAUCAAGAACUGUUGCAAUCUGGUUGCGGGACCGCGACGUGACAGCGGCUCCUCCACGCAGCAUAGCGCCAACUCGUACUGCGGAUAUGUAACCCCGGCUGGCGAUUAUCCGCCGCUGCAUAGUCGCAACAACACGGACUACAUCGAUUGUCGUUGCAAACAGGACACUGGCGGAGGUCCUCUGUCCUCUGCUGUGGCGGUGAGCUCCACAAUGUCCGGUUAUGACAAUGCUGCUGCGGCGGAUUAUUUGCUCAAUUUCACACCCACACCGGAGGUGCCAGAGGCCUUCCAGGAUGAUUAUACGCCGACGCCGCCAUCGCCGCGGCUCAAGACGCAGACGACGCCGCGCUACUCGAGCUCCUCGAGUCAGCAGCUGCACACGAGCUCGCAGGGCUACACGAGCAUCAAUCACUCGCAGAGCUCGCUGGUGCAGAGUCCCGGCUCGGCACCGUCGGUGGACGACAUCAGUCCGCCUCCGAUACAAUUUAAGCGACAGCGUUGCAUCCGGUUUAAGAAUCGCAAUCGAUUGCCAGUGCAACCGCGAACUUCACCGAUUAACACCAGUGUUGCGGUGGAGGCAACGUCGGGGUAUAAUAAGCGCAGCAGCAUUGAGCACGAGAAUGUGUUCUUUCCCAAAGGUUUCUCGGCGGAUGGUUAUGCGUUGACCCAAGCCCAUGGCUUGGACAUGGAACGCGAGGCGUUGAAUGCCAGCAUCAGUGAGCUGGAGAAGUUCUUCGAUCGUCUCGGGUUGAACGAUGAGGCGUUCCAUGAGAUCUACAGUCAUCCGAGGAGGCGACGCAAUCCCGAAACCGAUUCGGAUGAUUCGAGUACGGUGUUCUUCUCGGAUGUCAGCACGGUGGACUCGAUGCGUUUGCCGGACAGCACAGAGACACAGCCGCAGACGACGCAACCGUAUCGGCCAUCGGAGCCGCCGUCGAUUGUCGAGCGCAAUGCGAGAAUCAUCAAGUGGCUGUGCAACUGCAAGAAGAUGCAGUGCGCCUGAGGAUGAGUUGAUCACCAUCUUAUUGUUGUAGCCGGCAUUGUCCGUGUAACUUUCAUAAUGUUCAGAUUUUGUCAGUCUCUCCACCCCCCACAAAAAGUAUCAAGCGAUUUAUCGAUCGUUAGCUCAACGUCAGUCAAGUACAAGUUCAAGUUCGAUUACGAUUACGAUUUCGAUUACCAUUACGAUUACGAUUACGAGUUCAAAAUGUAAUAGAAUUGCUAGCAUUACUAGACUUACUAGAAUCACCUAACUGUACAACUGAGAAUCUAAAUGCUUAUUAAUAAUAAUCGUAUGAAUGUGUAACCCCCGCACCCCACCUCAUCCCACCUUGCGCCCUUUUGACUCCCACCACUCCACAUCACUCCGUUUAAGACCCCGUUCUUUUGGAUGCCAAUUACGAAUAAUCGAAUAGCUAAAUGAAAAUUGAACACAAUAUUAAAUGAAAAUAUAUAUUAUAAUAAAUCUAUAUACAUAAAUAUAUCGUAUAUACAAUUGUAUUAUUAGAUGAAUUAUUGUACAAUUAGUUCUUAUGUAUCGUAUAUACAUACAUAUAUAUGGUAUAUAUCUUAUAUAUACUUACUAUAUAGUUGCCAAAUAAAUGAAUACAAAUAAACACUCGAGACACACACUCACACACACACUCACAAUUGAUUCAAUGAGUACUCGUCAUGAAAAUGAACCUACCUAUUUAUGUAAGUGUAAAAUGGUUUGCAUGAUCAAAUGA